CGCGGCAUACUUGAGAAGUUUCGAGUUCCUUUAGGACCAAAGCCGACCUUGUUUUUCGGCAUGCGUGUCCUCGGCAUGUUCUAUUCCAACCGGGAUGCCUUCCGGGACAGAGUCGGCAACGUCCUGCAGUUUGUUGAUAUCUUCAUCUAUCAAACGCACGUUUCCAGGAUUACGAAGAUGUGCGUCAGCGUUUUUCCAUCCAACAGAUACUACCCAGGAAUCGACGAUCAAGAUUCAUUCGACGACGCUUUACGGACGCUCACACCUCCACUUGUGUACAGAGACGACUUCCACUUGCUCUUGUCCAUAAGCUUGAGCCUUUUAAGAUUCAGCAUGAAAGGGCCUGAUAUUGAAGAAAUUCGAAGGCCCUGCAAGAGCAUGGUGUCCUUGCCUUUCAAGGUGUACUGUAAUACCACUGGAUUCAGCGAGGACUCGGAAGACGAGCUCCAGAUUGGCGUCUAUCGUUUCAACGAGCGGAGAUCUUUGGUGGACACGUUUGAAACUCCAGACGUGAUUGAAUUCAAGAUGAACGACGUGAUGCGAGAGUACCAGGUCAACGGCUUGGAUAUCGGUUUUGCUGCCUUCUACUUGGAACACGAGGACUACCGUGGAGAAUGCGGAAACAGCUUUGCCAGGCUCCGAAUGAUGUCCAAGUGUCUGCGAAACUUCGUAUAACAAAAAUAUCACAAAGUCAAAAGAGAUAGAUCUAUAAAAGCAAAUGACUGCGCCUCAGGUUUAUCUUAUUGCUCAUGGACUUAGAUGCCUCCAUGCGCCCAGAGCCUUAAACACUGUGGGUCAGUCGGAAAAUACGCCCUUGCUACAUCACCUGGACACGGACCGGCUCUGCCCUUCAAUAAGCGACAGCGGGCUCCGUUCAAAGCACGCCAUUCGCGAUUCGGGUGCAGCCUGCAGCCUAUCUGCUCGCGAAGCCAGGGCAUAAUCUUUCGACGGCAAAAUUGAGGCUCGAAUAUGACAGCAAAACUGCGACAGAUCAAUGGCCCUAAAAACAAAGCUAUUACCAUCUGUUUUUAUUCCAAUCUUCUGACGCCAAAUUGACGCGACCGCCGACGCACGCAUCGCGCGGUGACCCGUAGCGUUGAACCGCCCAACCAAACGCUCUCCUCGUUUAUAGGGCUUCACUUUUGUUUGCUUUCAAAGCGAAUAUCACUGCCUACUUUAGCAGGUUGUUCUUAUCUAAUAGGCUGACAAGAGGCGAGGAGCACGGCGAAGUGGGAGAAUUUCACUGGGGACGAGCUAAGGCAGUGAAAGUAGACAACUGAAUGAGGAAGGAAGUGCCGCCGUCUGGGGUUGAUCCAGUUCCCCUUGCGUAGCUUGUGGUGGCCCCGGUAGCUUCGAGUAACAGUGUGGAGCGAUCGGUGGACCUUCUCCGACUAUUCCAAAAUAAGUUCACUGUAGCUUAGCAGUCAUCUUUAAUGCGUACAUGUCAGUUUGACGUGGUGAAUUUUCGCUGUUUUGUGACGUCGCGUGACAGAAAGGUGAAGUGAGAGCGGAAGCAAGGCAAGAGUCCAAUCAGUAACUGCCAACAAGCAACAUGCCCAAAAAAGCAUCAUGAUGGCCUGAUAACAUUGUUUGUCGUUAACCGCGCACAGAUGAAACGCAAAUUAACUUUGCAUUGAAAAAAUAAAGAACACUUUAACAUAAUUUCUAUAUAGUACUGAUUUCUUUUUGCGGCUUCUCAUUUUUAGAUAGCACGGUUUUUGUUUUGAAACAUUCGAAUGAGUUCGCAAUUACAAGUGUUGUUGCAAUUCGUUGCUAUACAUAUAACGUGAAUGUCAUUUAACGCUUAUUACACUAAUUAUUCCUGCGUGACAGUAGCAUAAAAUUAUUUUGUGCUACUUUUCAGAUAAAUUUUGUUCGGAUGAUACUGUUUGCCACUCCGCGUAGAAGUCAAUGCAAACUGAUACACGUAGCUCAUAUCCUUCAACUAAUAUGAAUGGUGUCUGAAACUUAUUUUAUGCCUGCAUGUGAUUGGCUGUUAUUCGGCCUGGAUCUAAUGCAACAAAGUUUUCAGCACAAACUGUUCCUAAGCUUGUACAGGCGCUCAUUUGUUCUCAGCGACCCUCACCAGGUCUGACCAUUUUAAGCCGACAAGCGCAGAGCAUACAUUGCGCGAUAACAAUCGUGUCUGCAAAGUAUUACAUCGCUACGCGCCGCGGAAAGGCCUGAAAUUUCAAUCCGAACGCCGUUUCCCUCUUCACUCGCGGCGAAUCCGUCCCGAAAGGGACGGUGACGUAGUCUGGCUCCUGCGCCUACGUAAUCGUGUCUGCAGUGUGACGUCGCUCGUGGUGACACGUGACUUCGAGAAUUAUUCAAGACAUCUGUUAACUGUUCCAUCUAUUGCUUGAAUUGACAAAUUGAAGUUUAGAGAAAUAAUAAAACACACAAACGGAAUAUCUGCGUGUUCUUUGUUUUACUUCGCACCGAAGCAAGAGAGAUGUACUUCCGCUUCGUCUGCUUGUUCCCACGGUCGUGCGAUCACGUGCCCAGGUACCGAAACUAUGCCAUUUUCUACUGUGUUCCCGCGCGUGAUCACGCUCUGCGAUCCGCUUGUUCUGCUUCAGUAUUCGUGUAGCACUGAAUUAUACUGCUAGUCAUGUUUCCUUGUGCACAACGCGCAACAUCGUGCGCUGCGCAAACGAGACAACAGCUCGCGCGCGACGCCGUCGACGGAAAUGCGCAGCGUAGAAAAAAAAACGAGGAGCAAAAAAAAAAAAAAAAAACGAAGGCGGGGCUUGUGACGUAUGCGUCACGCGAUCCUCGAGGUCCGGUAUGGGAGAAGGCAGGAAAGGAAUUUCGCUUGCGUAGGCUAGACGGGGCGCGUGGAGAGAGCGUCUUGCUUGGCAGCGGAGCCCGCCUGCUGAAAUCAUGGGUUUGCGGCACUGAAAUAUUUCUAUCUCGGCUAUCAAGGAGUCGAUUUGAAAAAAAUUUGUGGCAGAACGCUCCCUAGAGGACACGUAACAACUUCCAGCGUAUAACCAAAAUUUGCUAUGGGGCCUACGGAGGGGCCCUUUAAAGCUCGUUU